UCCCAUCACUGUUUUACAAGACUUUGUCCAAGUUGGACGCUUUUGUGUGGUGGACGGUUCGCUGAUUUUCAUAACUUUGGAGGAGAUUGCCAGCCUUGUUUUAUAGCCAAAAAGUAAAGUGUAGUGUGUAAUACUUGCAUUAUUUAUUUAAUCUUUGUGCAGAGAAACUUGUUAAGAAAUUAAUUGUCCGGUUGGUCUGCCUACUUACUUACAUCCUCAUCCUCAAUUAUCUUCAUCAUUAAAAUCCCACCAAGUGGAGUUUAACUCGUCGCAAAAAUAAAUAAGAAAAAAUUAACUAGUAUAUAACCAAAUUGUUUUGGCGUGAGAAUUUUCUCAACUAUAUUCCUCCCUAGUUUUUCGUUACGUUACAUUAGAAUUAACAAAAGUGUGCAAAUUUACUUUAUUGGCAAAAUUGGUCCUGGAGGAAGGAGAAGAAGGAAAACGCUGGACUUAUUAUUUCCAGAGUCAGAACUAAAUUCGUACUUUGGCUGUGCGCAUGCAUGUCAAGAUUCCAGACGGACUUGAUCAAUUUGCGAUAUUGCUUAGUGGUCAGUUCCCAGAAGGAUUUGUGACUUGUUGUGCGUCUAAAACGAGCCAACAGAAACCAAUUUUUAGUGUAUAAAUGUGUAUUCUGUGUACGUCAAUAAUUUGAUGCUCAUGUAAAUAAUCGUGUAUUCUACAUAUUCCGCAAUUAAUAACACAAAUUGAAAUUUCGAAAAAGUUUAUACUUUAAAAUAUCCGAAUAUGCUCGUUUUGCACUUCGUCGAAAGACCAAUAGUGCCCUGGGCUUGGUGAAAGUGGUUAUCGAAUUGCAGUUACAUAUGUAUGUGUGAAAAGUUUGAUAAGCAUUUGCAUAAUAAUCACGGAAUAUUAAAUGCGGUUACCCGUACUAAACAAUUAAACGUUAGGAUGCACCUACUACAUUUUAAAAGUAUGGCUGGAAAAAGGAUGCCAGUGUCUUCCAGAAUGUUGCACUAUCUCUUUUUGAAUCUCUGUCUGACCGUGGUGGUUCUAGUCCCAGAUAAUGCCAAUGCCAAAGGAACUUGUAAAGUUGGAGAAUUCCGUUGUGAAACUGGAGAAUGCAUUCCUAAAGAUCAAGUGUGUGAUUCCAACCGUGACUGUCCAAGCGGACUUGAUGAAUACGUAUGCACCCCCAAGUUUCGAAGGGGAUUAUGUGGUUACCAUCGAAUGCGUUAUCGAGCCGAGGCCGGUUUGGGUGAUCUGGCCCAAAAUGUUAUCACCUAUUUGCAAGGACGAGGGUUGCCUAAACGGACGGGAAUAUUCCAGUGCCAAUUUGGUGGCUGCAUUCCUCUAAAUCGACUUUGUGAUGGGAACGUAAACUGCAUCGGGGGCAGCGAUGAGAGCCAAAUAUGCGAAAAUAACAGUUGCCUUCCUGGACAAUUCAGAUGUAAAUAUGGUGCUUGCAUCGCCGAUUGGCAACUUUGUAACGGACGCGUAAAUUGUCCAGAUGGAUCGGAUGAAACGCCAGAAGCUUGCAAGCACAUUACGUGUAAAAGUAACGAAUUCCGGUGCAGAUAUGGUGGAUGCAUUCCGAAAGACAGAAUAUGUGACAUAAAAAAGCACUGCGCCGACGGUUCAGACGAGUACGAUUUUCUCUGCCUUAUCACCCGAGCUAAAAUGGUUGAACGAUGGGGCGCAGAAUCCAAACUUAUCAACCAAGAGCAAGACCAACGCUUCCUCGCUGUCGCGGAAAAGGAACGCAAACGGAAAGAGGAAAGGGAAGCGGCCGAGAAAUUGACGACGACAACAACAACAACCACCACCACCACUCCCCCUACAACCACCACUCGCCGACCUGUCCCAAUUUACGACAACACCAUCCCAACUUUCCCUGCUACGGAACAGGAAGGUGAAGAACUGACUUAUCCCACGGAAAACCCUCCCCUUCAAGACGACACUCCUAAAGUAGUCGCCACCAUCCCCACUUCCGCCGCCGCUGACGACGAUGAGGAUGACAAUGUCCCCUUGAAGCAGGACGAAAGUGCGGAAAAAGUUCCUAAUCCGUCACCCUCAUCCGUGGUACAAGAUCAAAAUCACGACGAAGAAUUAGCCUCCCUCCAUCGAGAAUGUCUCCUUCCAGCAAUUCCUGACAAUUCAGAAGCUAGUAUUAGCUCUUGUUUAUCCAAUCCGUUCGCCCACUUUUGUCGCGACUCGAGUAAAACAGUCCCCGUGGGUGUGAUCAUCCAGUACGAGUGUGGUGCAGGUUACCUCCUCUACGGUCCUCAGGCCAUCACCUGCCAAUCGGACGGGUCUUGGUCGGCACGACCUCCGGAGUGCGACCCAUUGAUCGACGUCCGCUUUGGUUUCGGCUCCGCGCUGCCGAACAAUUUCGACCCGCGUUGUCCACCUCUCACCCCUUCCAAAGGCGUCAGUGUGGAAUGCAUCGAUCCUGAAAACGUCGCUGUGAAACCAUGCUCAGAAAAACAAACGGCCGGAACGGAAGCUCGUUUUACCUGCGCUCCGUACCACAGACCGUCCUCGGAUUUGCCCACGCAUUAUGAAAAAUGUGGCGAAGAUGGGACCUGGGGGCCGGGAAGUUAUGAGCAGUUUUCUUGUUCGCCAGACUGCGGUUUAUUAGAGGUGCCUAAAACGCCCUACAUCCUGAACGGAGUUAGCACUCGGAGAGGACAAUGGCCAUGGCAUGUAGCGAUCUAUCUCAAGCACAAGGGUGAAUUUAAAUACAUCUGCGGCGGAGCCCUCAUAUCUGAUAAAGCUGUGUUGACCUCUGCUCAUUGUGUGACUCUGCGUGGCGAGGCUAGAAAUGCGUCCGAUUUCUUAGUCUUGCUGGGCAAACAAAAUAUCGUCCUUCCCGACCCUGACCCAUUUGUGCAGAAACGUUCCGUAUCUAAAAUCAUGGUGGAAGAAUCUUUCAACUACCGUGCCCUGGACUCUGACCUGGCCAUCGUGUCCCUCACUACACCCGCCGUCCUGACCUUCCACGUCCGCCCUGUGUGCUACCCUCAAACGUCAAACAGUUUUCUGGAGGAAUAUCAACUCGCCGCCGGAAGUAUUGGGACCGUGGUCGGAUUCGGGCUAACGGAAAACGGAUCGUUGUCGAAUUCUCUCAAAAUGGCGCAACUUCCCGUCGUCUCGGUCACGGAGUGCGCCUCCUCCCACGGCGAUUUCUUCGCCUCCAUGACACGUUCUACCAACUAUUGUGCCGGGUAUCGAAACGGGACACAGGUUUGUAACGGAGACAGCGGCGGAGGGCAAUAUUUUAGGGCGAAUGUGAAGGGAAGUACGCGAUGGUAUGUGCAAGGCUUGAUUUCCUUUGGGGUUCCUGACUCGAAAGCGGGGACAUGUUCGAGUUCGCAGUACGCCAUCUUUACGAGGGUGGGACGCUACGGGGACUGGAUUGUUAGGACGUUAUCCAGAGAAAACCUUAUUUAAGUAUUGAUGACAUGAUAAUUAAUUAAUGUUAUGUAAUAACUAAUGAAGGACACAGCAAGAGUGCUUUCAAGUAAUCAUGAUACUCAGUAGAAAUUUAAGAUAAGCGUAGUCGGUGGAAGGGCAGAAAACCAGACUGAUUCGACACUCAGGCUAAACAAAUAAUGAAUUAGUUGCAGGCAACUCGACUAUUAAUUAUCAGUUAAAUGUGUAAAUGUCCAUCUCAAUUACAACUACUAAUUUUAGUUCAGUUCAGUUAGCUUAUUUAUAUCGUGACUGUUAGAUAUAUGAAAUAUGAUAAAAUUCCUAUUACUAAAUAUUGUAAGUAACGUUCAAUUAACAAAAUAAAAGUAAUUUUAUAAGGAACCUCA